AUGUUACUUUCAACGCUUCUUUUUAGCAUUGUUUAUGCGGUUGUUGUAUUUGGCUCAAUGGUGAAUAAGACAAUUCUACCGACCAAUAAUGUGCCGCAGAUCAUUCCAUAUAUUACAAUUCCUUACAGCUACGACAUUUAUUUACAAUUUUUUGGAACACCAACCCAAAAGAAUAGCACAUUCACUGGAAAAUUAUUUAUGAAUUUUACUGCUCGUGAUGUUACACAACGCUUAUUUUUUCACCGUGGAGAGCAUUUGAAUAUUGAAAAGAUUUACCUUGAGAAAUCCGACGGAAAGCGAUCAGUACCUAACGUAGGCGCGUAUAACAAAAAUACACAAAUACAAGCUUACAUACCAAUCUCAAAUUUAACUAAAGAUAAAUCUUAUGUGUUAACAAUUGAGUACUGUGGAACCAUUGGUGCAUUGAAUGCCGGUCCUAAUUAUGUAACCUACCAUGAUGACCUCGACGUAGAAAAAACUGACACCCUCACAAGCAUAACCACCUUUCCUGCCCUGUUUCCGACAGAAUCAUCAGAAAUUGCUUUAUCUCUGAUUUCUACAGAUUUGACCAAAAACAGUGUUCAGCAACAAAACAUGACAAUAAACAAAUACUAUCGAGAAUCUGUAUUAACAACAAUAUCAACUGAACGAAUUCUUCAAUUCAUGUCACCGAAGUCAAAAGAAAUCGGAAAAGUUGAUGUGAUCGCUUUACCCGAUCUGCAGACAAUCCAACAACCUGGAAUCACAUUUCUGAAUGAGCAAGAUGUUUUACGAGAAAAUAUUGAUUUAGGAUUGAACUGA